CGCCACGGAUUCAUCUGGGAUCCUCACACAGAGCAGCCAGCGGAGACGAGGGAUCAAGGCGCAGAUUAGCGCCAGUUGCCUUCUGCAUAACAGCUUGCCCCUUCCAGGCCUGGCGACCGUGGAGGGAGGGGAAAGGCGAACCGCGCACGGCUGCGGGAAGACACCGAAGCAAGAGAGACACCCCCUCCCGCCCCCCACCUUGCAGCGCAGGCUUUUGAACGCUGCUUCCCCCAUCUCUGAAUGGAAACUCGGAACCGCCCGGCGGCGCGUUCCUCCUCGCUCAGCCUGUCAAUCCAUGCCGAGAGGAAGGCGGUGCAAGCCCGCGCCAGCAGCGUCCAGCUCCCGGGACAGGGUCGGCAAUGCUGCUGAGCAGAACUUGAUCGCGCCUCUUCGUCGCUGCUAGUGGGAGCGAUGCUGCACCGCACAGGCAGCGCUUCCCCGGCUCUCCUUCAAGCUGAAGGUUACCCACCCGCGCAGCCAGCCGCAACCUUGUGAGCCGCGCGCGCCUCGGGGUCGGGGCUCCGGCUGCUCCGCGGCGGCGUGCAGGGGCAACCACCGGGCCGCCCGCGCCCGCCGGGGCGCACUGCACCAGCGGCUUCGGCUUGGUGGAUGUGUAUGCAUGAGUUCUGCACCGAAUGGGCGCAAAAAGCGCCCCAGCCGGUCCACCCGCUCCUCGAUCUUCCAGAUCAGCAAGCCUCCGCUGCAGAGCGGGGAUUGGGAGCGCAGGGGCAGCGGCUCCGAAAGCGCCCACAAAACCCAACGAGCCCUGGACGACUGCAAGAUGCUUGUCCAAGAGUUCAACACACAAGUGGCCCUGUACCGAGAGUUGGUCAUUUCUAUUGGGGACGUCUCGGUCAGUUGCCCCUCGCUCCGGGCGGAAAUGCACAAGACAAGAGCCAAAGGCUGUGAAAUGGCCCGUCAGGCACACCAGAAGCUGGCUGCCAUCUCAGGCCCGGAAGACGGUGAGAUCCAUCCCGAAAUCUGCCGGCUUUACAUCCAGCUGCAGUGUUGCCUCGAGAUGUACACAACGGAGAUGCUGAAAUCCAUUUGUCUGCUGGGGUCUCUUCAGUUUCAUCGAAAAGGAAAGGAAGCUAGUGGGGGAACGAAGAGUUUGGACAACAAAAUUGAGGAGAAUGCUGAAACACCUGCCCUGGAGGACUCCUCAUCCCCUCUAGAUAGCCAGCAGCAGUCUUGGCAGGUUUCCACAGACAUCGAGAAUACUGAAAGAGACAUACGAGAAAUGAAAAACCUCCUAAGCAAACUCAGGGAAACCAUGCCUUUACCGCUGAAAAAUCAAGAUGACAGCAGCCUUCUGAAUCUAACUCCCUACCCCAUGGUGAGAAGACGGAAGAGAAGGUUCUUCGGGUUGUGUUGUCUUGUCUCAAGCUAGGUGGUUCCCCCUGGAAACUCACAGCCAAGAUCACCUGAAAAACACUCCAGAGCCGGAAGCCUCCACACAGCGGAACACCGAGAAUACAGCGGAACACCGAGAAUGGUUUUGGCCACCUUUUCUAUGCUUCCUUAUUACUUUUAUCCACCUCUCCCUGCCCUUUUAAAUGAUUUUACACUUGAAAGCAGCUGCCAUCGUGGGGAAAAAAAAAGAACAGAUUCAAAAAGGCACAGCCUGUUUUUAAAGGGAUUUUUAAAAAGUUGACAUUGUGCAUGUCUGCUCUGAACCAUGCCAUGACAGAUGCAAGAAUUAUGAUUUUUAAAUUAUUUAAAGGUUUUUUAAAUGUAUUAUACAGAGAAAAAUAUUUCACAUAUAAUAGUAUAUCUGUAGCUCUUGCUGAUUUCAUGUUAACAAUUUAUCAGCUAUGAAAGAUGUCUCUAAACAUAGAAAUCUAUUUAAAACAGCAAAACUGUUUAAAAAUGUGAUCUAUGAGUAUCAUUAGAAAUACUAUAACCAAACACACACCACCUCAUGUGUUGCUUUCUCUGCACUCAUUUACAUAUAGUCUUCCAUUCUGUCAGAAUCUAAGUGUCAACAUAAAAAAAAUCUUAAGUUAUAAUGCAACAAAACCACAUGUGAAAAAUACAUUUUGUAAAUACACAGGAAUCCUAAUAUCUUCGUACAAUGCAUAUGGGCAACUAAUUUUCUUUUAAUCCAAUGGUGUCUUUUUAAGCUUCUUGGAAAAUGAAGUUAUCCAGUUAGGAAAUGGUGUAGUAACAUAUACAAUUACCCUCAGAUGUAAAAUUGAAUAUUAUCACAUUUUGUUUGAAUUGAAAUCUGAAGCAUGGAGUCCGCACAUCAGCAUAAUGUUAAAUCUUUUAGGGCAUGCUGGAAUUAGCUCAGAUCAUAAAACUCUUUAAUAUUUUACAUUGUUAAUGAAAAAUGUUUUAGUUAAGCUUAGCUUGUCUCAUUUUAGAUGACUAUGCAGAUAUGGCUUUUCCAGUGUUACUCUGUGUCUUGUCUUAAUGUCUUAGCAUCUUGAGAGCAGGACACGUUAAGCAAUACUGUACUUUAGGAAAGAGGGAGCCACAUGCUCUGUUUCUCUGCUCACGGCUCUGUUAUGCGCUUCUUCCACUGGACCUGUUAUCCAGUACAAUCCUGUUUUGCCUUCUAUCCUCCCUUUGACUUUUCCCAGGCAGAAUUCCCCAUGAGUUGAAAGAUGAAUCUUCAUACUUCUUGCUUUGUUUUCCAUUCUCUGGACAAUCUUCAUGUCAGACAGGAGGUACCAGUGUCCAAUCUUGAGAGGAUCAAACUAACUUCAAAUGGCUCUAAAGCCAUCCUGAGUAGGCAGGCACUUAUGUGUACACUAAUGCCCUGGCCUAAGAACAAAAUAUUCUAAUGCCUUUCACCUUACAGAAGAUGGAAAGCAUGGAUAACUAUUGUAUUGGGUUGAAUUCUAUGAAAUGGGUGAUAUUUGACUGUUUUGACCUAUAUAAAAAAAUCGCAAUUUCAAGUAGUUCAACCUAAUAUCUAGAAAGGAAAUCAUACAGCACUUGAUUUUCUCCUAUCCAAGAAUUCAGGGAUGGAAAAGGCCUCCAAAGUCUAUCAUUGGUCUGUAUUUCAAUUCCACCGAUUACUGUUGACCAUAUUCUUGGAACCCCACACUACAUUCCACCAAGCUGGUAACUAAUGCAUCGUUACAAGUAUGAAUCAAUUCAGUAAAAGAAGUACUUUUGACAAAUUGUGUGAGAAAAUUAUAGUUUUUUUUUUUUUUAAUCGAAAUGUUCAUGAAACAAUGGAAGGAAUGUGUUCUUAAAGACUCUACAAAGCAAGGAACUCCUCCUGACUCACCUGGCCCGCCAUCUUGAAUAAAGCUUAGUAUUCGCUCCCGAAUACAGUUCAUCUCAAAUGAGACAACCCCUGAGGUUAUCUCAUUUAUGAGCUAUCAUUUCUAAAUGGCAUGUUCUCAGCUCCCAUCUCUGUUCUGUUGUGCACUCUGAAAGCACUGAUCCCUACACUUCAGCCUCAUUCCUAGUAAUCCCUGCAAACUCACUAACUGAUAAUCCCCUUGUGAGCUGCACACCCUUGUUGAGGCCUGACCUAAAUCGCUCCUGCUUUGUUCAUUUGUGCUCGUUCUUCUAGUCUCAGUGUGAUAACACCUUCUGUGCAAUUGUCCUUUGUACAACUAAAGACUGUUAAAAAACAAAAAAUUCAGGUCUCACCUCCAUGUCUGAGAAGGUCAUGGUAGCUAUUCAUGGAGAUAGGAACUGUCUAAUUACCCAGCCAGACUUCCGUAUCUAAGGUAAUAUAGCCCAAGCACCUUAUCUUUUAUUCUGUGCCUGUUUCCCAGCCUUUGCUCAGUUUUAUAGUUCCCAUAGACACACUCCAAGAUUUACAGACGACCAUUCAGUAGCGGGUCCUAAAGCAACAUUUAGUAAUCAACGUUCUGAUAACUAUGUUGGUGAGUGGUUGCCACGGUGAUUCACCACCUCCCCUUAGAUAUGCCAAGUGCAUCCAGUAGGAGCUGCCCCUCUCUCCUGUCACCUGCCAGUGGACUUUCUCAGGUGUGGUUCCAUGAGAUAAAGUUCUGCAGCCUCCACUCCCUGCAGGAAACUGCCUUUGCACUUCCAGAAGCAACCGGCUGACGUGGGGUAGAAGAAAACACUGACUAUUGUCUCACAAACAAACACACGUGCAUCAGACAGAAAAGGAUGACAUUUUUUUUGUGUGUGUAUGUGUGGUGCACGCUCAUUUUAGCACCAUACUUUUUAUAUCCUCUUUUAAUUUUUCCUGCAUAUGAUAAAGAAUACAUGUUGGGUUUUUGUUUUGGUUUGGUUUGGUUUGGUUUUUUGUUUGUUUGUUUGUUUGUUUUUUGUGGGAAACCUGUAAAACAUCACCAUGUAUCAAAGUGAACAUCAUCUGGACUCCACCACAAAUGUAUUGUUUAAAACCAAGUUCCUGGGCUCUAAAUCAGUUGGGGUUGGGCCCAAAGCCUCCUUUGGAGAAGACAUAUGAAAUAGCCUUAAAGCCAAAGUAUCACUUUAAUGUCUGACACCCCACCCCCCACCCCCGAUGUUUAGCGUCUAGAUGCAGACUUGCUGCAACCUGCCCUGUUGUGCCAUUCAUUAUUCAGGUACAAAGACAGCUGUAGAAGCAGCAGGGCCCUAAUGCCAGGAAAAAUUCUCAAGCCCCACCCCAACAGAGUCCCUCCUUACUCCAGUGAAAAGUUAGGAUGCUCAGAUUUAAGCAAUACUGCCACCUAGUGGAAGCUAAGCUUCAAACUGACACAAAGCAAAUACUCAAAGCAUCUCCUUUAUUUUAGAAAACCUGUGAAUGGACCAGAUUAACAAUGAGUCCAUUAAGACUUCCAGAUUGUGAAAGUCUCAGGAUUGAAAUAAUUAAGAAUUAUCAUGCAGCCUAAGUCCCUUCUCCACACAUCUGUUCCUAAACAAUAUCUGCGUUUUCCAUCUGUUCUAGAAUAGCACAACAGAAAACACUUACCUUUGCUGUAACUAUAGGUAGAAUGAGAAAGAACAGUGCUAUUAUAUCAGCCUCACAAUAAAUGGCUAUAAAUAACUACAGCACCCACAGUACAUUCAAUAACAGAAAAUAACUGAGUUCACUAUACUUCAAAUAUGAGGAAAGUUUGGAUAAUUAAGUAAGUUAUUUGAAAUAACUAGUUAACCUCUCCUGGGAGCAAAAUUGGAUCCAUAACUUAACCAAUAUAAAUUCUAGAUGAAAUAAAUGUUCACGUUUUAAAAUGUAUGAAUAAGUAACAAACAUGAAAAAGACUUAUCAUAUCUGUGAAGAUGUCAUUUUAAUGUGGGAGAUAAAAGCCUUUCUAAGCAUAAUACCAAAGGAAGAAGUGAUAAAGAAAAGAUGGAUGGGUUGGACUGACACUACUUUUUAAAAGAAUGUAAAAGUCCUAUACAGUAAACAUUAAGCCAAAUUAAGAGAAAAUAAUAUUUGCGAUCCAUGCAAGGAAGAGAUUCGAGCUCUACUAUAUGAGCGGCCACAGCACUUUGGGGAGGUCUCAAUGGUUUACAAGUCCUGUGCUUUUUCCAGUACUGCUUGUAUGAUUGUUGGUUCAUCCCACUGAACUGAAAGUAUGAAUGGCAACCAUCACACACAUUUUGCUUAUCACCGUUCUCUCAUCUCCUAACGUAGUGCUGUGCCCAAACCAAAUAAUGAAAACAUAGUCACUGAAUGAGUGGAUAGUGAAUGAAUGGCAUAAAAACUAUUUUGUGAUUCAGAGAACGAAUCAAACUUUCCAGUAGGUUCCAAUCGAGAAAAGGAAUCAAGGGAAUAAGUAAUAUACCACAAGCUAAAAUAAUCCACUGAUAACACUGAACAUAUUUGGAUUUACUAGUAACAAAAACUGCACAUAUGAACAACUCAGAAAGGCACGUGUAUAAAUCAUUCAAGUUCUCUUAUAAACAUAGGAAGAGAAUAUAAACAUUCUCUUGUAGUCAACAAGAGUAUAAACUGAUCCAACCUUUCCAGAAAAUAUUUUGGUACUAUAUAUUUUUCAAGCACUCUCAGUAAUUUCACAUUAGGGAAAAUUCUCCUUUUAAAUGUUCAGCAAUGGGUCAGCAAGAAGACUCAACAGGGAAAGGCUCUUGCCGCCAAACAAGUUAGAAACCCCCUGGACUCACAUGGUGGAAGGAGGUAACUGACUCCCCGGCAGGUUAGCCUCUAAUCUGCAUACACACUAAAUAAAUGCAAUUAUGUUAUUUAACAUUCAGGAAAAAAAAAAAGCGAGCUGAGAUGCAUUUACUCAUUAUUUUAAAAGUCAUACAAGAAAAGAUGUUUUGUAAAUAUUCCUACAUUUAUAUGGUUAAAUAUGGUAUAUUAUCUCAAUGGAUACUGUGCACUAAUUAAGAAUGCUCACCGUGUGUAUUUAUUGAAAUGUGCAGUCUGUGUUGUUAAAGGGAGAAAAGGAGGGAGUAGGGGAAUUUCUGGAGAAGUACCCUCUUACAAACAUGCCUACACAUGUGCACGUAUAGAGGCUGAAAGGAUGUUCUCCUGCAGGAUUUCUCUCUGGGAGGUGAGAUUAGGAGCACUUGUAUUUUCUUUCUGCAUAUCUGUGAUUUCUGACUUUUUCACAGUGAGCAUGUAGUAUCUGUAUAAUUUUUUCAGGGAAUAAACACUGAUAUUGACAAUAUAUAUUAAAUGAAAAACAUGUUAUAAAACAGUAUGUAUAGUAUGAUACAAUAUUUGUAAAAAAAAAAAAAAACAAAAGAAAGAAAGAAAAUCACAUAUAAAUAUAUCUAUGUAUGUAUAUAUAUACAUAUGCAUAAGAAAGCUAGAAGGCCAUACACUACAAUGUUAAUAGUAGUUAACCAUGGGUAGUGGGAUUAUGGGUGAUUAUUUUUCUUUUUGCUUUUCUGUGUUUUCUAAUUUUUCUACAAUGAACAUGUAUUACUUGUGUAAUAAAAACUAAUAAUAAAAGUUCAAAAAAUAUGUAAAGCAAA